UGCUUGUUAUCAUAGGACACGACACCGCUAAUCAGGUGGACAUUGUCCCAUCAUCCAUGGACUGAGAACCUCCCCUCCACUCUCAUUAUGAAGGCUGUGAGCUGCCCAAUACUGCUGCUGUUUCUUGCUCAGGCGCUGGGAGAUGAUGGGGUGCAGUACCCACACCCUAUGUGCACAACAGACCCAAAAGCCACCGUGGGACCAAAUGAUCCAAGGCUUCCCAAAGUGAUGCCCCCUGAAUACCAAGUACAUAUUGAAGCAGCCAUUAUAGACAAGUUCAAGACAGUAGUCGCAGAUGAAUACGUCUCCACUUCGGACGGUGUUUCUUCAAUGACAAUCACGGAGGGGACAACGUAGAAACCAUUAUCCUCAACGCCAACACAAACGAGAGCUACCAUAUCAUAAAUGACGAGUGCACGGUGUACAACCAGUCGAUGGAUCCGGAUGACGUCUUUUUAAGGGGUCGAUCAGGGAAGUCGGCCAUGCCUCAUAGUUAUUCGACCGGAUCUGUCCUCCGGUUCGCACAGAGGUACGGAGAGAGAUAUAUGAAUCGGUCUACUGUCCGGGGUAUUCUGUGUGACCACUGGCAGUCUUGCAUGUACUGGGGCUACCUCGGUGUCAACUUCACCCUCGACUACUACUUCACUGUUCAGAACUGGACAACAGCGGAUAAUUCUCCCCAGAUCCCAGUCAGGGCUGAAAUCAUCGGCUACCAGAACCUGCUGGGCCCCGGACCAGAUUCGAGCUUCCAUCACAUCUAUGACUAUACUGGUUACAGGAGCGAGAUUCAAGACCAGACUAAGUUAGAAACACCCAAUGGAAUUGCGUGCAGAGGACGUAAAGGGACCCGCCAGAUGCCCCAACUACAGGCUCAGUAUCAAUAUAGGGAAGAGAUAACAGACGUCAUGGAUAGUACGGUCACGCAAGUAGACGUGUAUUACGACUACAACUACCAGCUGGUCAGGUUCGACUCCCGUCCCGGUUUAGUGUUCCCUUACUACAGCCCCGAUGCCAACGUGGAAAUCCAUGACUACAAUACUGGUGUGGCCUACGUCGUGGACUGGUCGCUCUUCAACUGCAGCAUCGUGCCCAUAGAGAACAGCACCUGGGACUCCUCGCGCAACACUUCGUCGGUCCCGAUCCAUCUCAGGAAGCCAGAACAGCUUUUUAGGACCGUCCGGGGCAUCGACUGUGACGUCUACACCGCCAUCAGGACAGACUUUCCAGAGAGAAUGGGAUCUAAUGUCUCCUUUGAAGUGUACUUCAUGAGCGAUUACUGGACAAGUGCAAAUGACAUAGGAAAUGACAACGACAGUCCAGAUACACCAGUUAGGCUGGAAAUAAACGACCCUUUGAGUGGGUUAGAGUACAUAUACGACUUCUACGAUUUCGAUCAGGAACACCCCAAUGUGCUCAACGCCUUCAUAAUCAGACCCUGCUUUUCAGAUGAUCAACAGACUGAUUUCCAGAUAACUUUCCCAGGAGACGCAAGUGACUUCCUUACAGAUCACAGACUUGAGUUGCAAGAGCAGAUUGUUGUGCAAAUUUCGAAACUGACAACUUUGAGUCCUAUUCGGAUACAAAGCACUUCAAUUCAUUGGGAUGAAGAAAACACGUACUUCCUAGGAACUCUCUUGGACAAGGCGCCGUCUAUUGCUAAAUUCCGACGUUGGCCCAACCUCGUUGCCCGGUAUAAAGAUGAUAUGACGAUCUCAGGCGUGACUAAUGCUUUCACGUGUGCAAGUGCGUGCGACCAGGCGACAGGAACCUGCAACAGCUUCGACAUUUGCCCGAGUGCGCAGACGUGUGCGCAGAGUCAGCAGUAUACCCCGGAUGGAACCAAGUUGUCAACAAGCGCCACCUGCGACCACUAUUCACGUGUGCUGUCCGGACCAGUAGACCACGAAAUUGGACUUAAAGAUGCCUACAUUUCAUUGAAAAACUAUGUCUUAACGAACGGAUUUAAAGUAACACUUUCACAAUCGAAAAAAACUUUUACCGCUUCUACAAUAACGACUGAAGUUCUCAGAAAUCCAACCAUAGGGUCAUCGAACAAAGUCAGUUUCAUCGGCGAGUUCCAUAAGGCUGUCAGAGGCUCCCAGGAUGUACAGCUGACGGAGAUGGCCAUUGACGGCUGCGCGUCUGAGUGUGUGGCAGAGCUUGAAUUCACAUGCCAGUCUUUUGAGUACUGCAUGACCAGCGGAGUAUGUACCCUCAGCCGCAUCCAUCCUGACGAGAGACCCGACCUCAUCGUCAACAACGCCUCUUGCGACCUCUACAUCCGUGACUACACAGCAAAGUUCACAGAACUUAAAGGAACGACGGUCGUCUCUGACUCCGACACCAUUUACCAAAACAUCAACACCCCGAACCAGUGCGCAAAGCUAUGCACGGACUAUCAGAGCUUCCCGUGCAAAUCGUUCGACUUCUGCCCCAAUAUCAACGCCUGCUUUCUUGGCCACAAGCACGUGUUUGAUACUCCCAAGGCAAACGUCAAACAAGACCCAACGUGCAACCAUUAUUCAAGGAACUACGCCGACGACUUCAAGGUGGUCGCCAACCGCCAGAUAGCGCUCAAGGACAACCGGAUCGUUCUGAUGGUCAGCGUCGAGCAGUGCGCCAAACUGUGUGUGGACGAGGAGACCUUCUCCUGUGCCAGUUUUGACUACUGCGGCAACACCACGGAAUGUCGGCUCUCGACGUCAUCAAUGUCGGACGUGGGCCAGAUCACCAUCGAGGCAACAGCAUACUGCUCUAUAUAUAACCGUCAGUUUUACCCAAAUGGACAGCGAUACAUACCACAUCCAGACACAAGCGCCAAAUACACUGCAGGUGCAAUGGGAGGUCUGGGCUUCGCCAUGCUGGUCGUGGGUCUCCUCAUUGGAUUCGGGGCACUGUUUGCGUGGUCCAAGUACCAUGGAAGUCGCUCUGACGAAAUGGCAGUAUCGUUCUCAAGCAAGGACACCUUAUCAACCAACUGAAACCAACAAAUCUGCACUACAACAUGGGCAUGUCUACUCAUUGAAAGUAUCAAUGAUCAUUCCUUCAUCUUUACUAGCAGACAUCGAAAUCUGAAGUAUUCUAUAUGCCACGCUGAUUUGUUGAAGAUUUCACUAUGGUUCACGUUCUAUAUUCUUUCGAAGCAAAGGCCAUUUUAACCGUUUUCAGAUAUUCAACCUCGCUUUCUACUUUACACGCCGAAUCCCUAUACAAUUAUCCCAAAUACCCACAGAUACCCCAUUCUUUAAGUAUGUUUCCGUCUCUGAACUGUACCCCUCUCUACACGUAUUCCUACCAGUAUCUUAUGGUUCGGGCAACCAAAUACCAAUAACAUUCUAGGAAAAAGCCUCAUUUUCCUAUGAACAUUUGUGAUGAAAAUACAAUAAUGUAUUCUGGUCAAAACUGUAUUUUAUAGCAGGAAAAUUAUAACACCAACCUGCCUGCGAGCUAUUGGUUCGACGUACAUUGUAACACUGGCAUUAAUUCAUCCUCAUAUUCAUCUAUGUCGAAUAGUCAUAGAUGCAUUUGUAAAUGUUUGUUGUGUCAUACUCUAAUCACGUUUUGACAGUUGUAUGAUUUCUGUCGUGUGAUUAUGUUGUGUGAAAGUCGGGGUAAAUAUAUACAACAGAUGUAUGACCUCACUAUAAUAUGUUUUAAUUGCUUUAAAUAUUUCAUAGCGCUUUGAAGCGUCCUUAAAGAACAAGAGAAGAAAGAACACAUUACUUCUCCUCCGCUGUGUUAGAGAAGCCUGAAUUACUCAAAUGUCUUUCCCGCUCACGUGACGACGCCAACUGAUGUCAUCGUACCAGUUGCUGUCUCUGACUGUGGUUGUGUGAUCACUCAAUAACCUUCCUCGUCGGUUGUAUAUAAUAUACCAUUCAAAAAAGGUAGGGGAUAUUGGAUUUACAAGAUUGAUAAAAUGCAAAUGAUGAAGCCAAGGAGGAAACAGAUGAUGAAGAGAAAUUAAGGGAAAAUGUGUCAAUUUAUUCCAUUCCUUUGGAAAUGUUUCAUCUGUAUGGAUAUGUACUACUUUUCUCAUAUGCACUGGCAUCGGUUAAUGGUAUGCUCGCAAAAUGGAAUAUCCCCUACUUUUGUUUAAUGGUACAGAUGAAGUUGCCUCACACUACCAACGAAGGUGACCACAUUUUGUGUGUACAUAAGCGCUGUGUUAAUAAACAUAUCACACAUCA